UCGUUCGUACGCUCUCAGUCGGCUGCAGACAUUCGAGACAAUAGCAUCGUAUCGCUAUUUUGCUCCCUGUACAUACAUACUAGUGAAGGUAUAAAAAAAAGUUUAACUGUAUAUAAAGCAAAGUACCACACACAGUCGACUAGCAGCAGCGAGAAGCAAAACACACGAGUAAAUAAUACACACACAUAAAAAAGAAGUGAACCAGAGCGAGAGUCGACUCGCGUUCGGAAGUGAUAUCGUAAUUUGUGAUGUUUUAAAUACAUACUAAGUGGAACAAUAGUAUCUUCAAUUGGAGGCAGAUUAGUUCGGUUAAAUCGAACUGAAACAGUGAGAUUCAGCAUUUUACUGUUUAUUUUCGCAUAGUAGGCCGACUGGGUCAGCCACAAAUACGCAGAAUCGGUAGCACUCAUACCAAAAAAACGAGGGCAACAAGACAUCGUCAGCAACUCUGUCCAUCCUGGUUCCAGAUUUCAAGCCAAGGGGUGUGCGCUAUCUGUUAUUAGCGAACAACUCCGGGAAUAGUAGAGUACAUCCGCGCACCUACACACUCAAAUCGUCGUCUACGAGGAUUUUGAUAACUGCACCAGGAAAGGCAGUGUGUAUUCCUGUGUACGCCACCCAUCGUACGAAAUAAGAGAAUUUAAUUGAUCGGAGCUGUGGACCGUCGCCUACGUGCAGCGAGGAAGAGUAGAAGCAGCGAAAACAAUAACACCAUUUUCCCCAUUUAUUUUCUUCGCCCGUUGCUGCUAUCGUUCGUGGGAGGAAACCGAGAGGCGCCCACACGUUGCGGUUGUCAGAAGCAGAAAAAAGUGCAAUUCCCGUUUGUCGAGCGCGAAGUUCGGAGGCUAACCUACCUGCCCUGUUUGUAAAUCACUGCAGUUGUCGUGUGUGUGAUUGAAGAUCUCAACCCGUUUGUGAGUGGAAGAAUCGUGAAGCGAGCUGGCAGAAAUCAAUACGGAAGCUGCUUUCACCUUUCUUUGUGUUUGAUUCGUAAGAGGCGAUAAUUCAACGUCGACCGUUCCCGAUAUAGAGUGUGGCGGUGAACCUAGCAGCGGAAUAUAUCAGUGAGAAGAAUUUCAAACCGUUACUCGGUCCGGCUCGGUGUGUUACUGGUGCGACUCUGGCAGUUGUAGGUAAACAGAGCGAGAGUCGUCCGGCAAAGGGUUUCCGUGAGUGAGGCUAGUGUUUUUUUUUUGUUUGUGUGACGAACGAGUAACAAAGUCCGGGUCCGUUGUGUUUCGUCAACGUUGCAAUAAUUGAAAACAACAAGCAACAGGAACAACCUCCGGUGGUGGUUGCAAGCAGUAGCACAACAGCAACAAUGCCCAGCAAGCAGACGAACGAUGUACUAGCGGUGGAAGAGCUGGUACACGAAAUCCGUGAAAAUCUCCGCCUGAAAGCCAAACCUGCCCACCAGCCAACGCGAAGCUCGCGACCUUCGCCCUACCAUAUACCAUGCCGGUCGUGGUCGGAACCGGUCGUGGGCAGUACUGGGAGCGAGAAACGACCGCUCAAGUCCUGCAAGAAGCAGGAGGAGGCAACGAUAGACGAUCCGUACGAGUUCCUGCAGACCCUGCUGAAAAACAACAACCUGGUGAAGGAAGCGGUACGAAGGUUACAGCACGGGUUGUCCCCGAAGCAGCGAUACUUCUACGAGAGCGACGAGGAGUCCCGCUCGCCGAUCGUGGUGAUGUGUCAGCUGGAGUCCUAAGUUUCUUUUAGUUGUAAUUUAUUAUUCUUACCCGAUAAGUAAACGGAUGUAGUUUUUAGAAUGAAUGUUGUUUGUUGAGCGCGCAAUGAGCAAAAGAAAAAGAAGAAACACGUCUAGUUCUAGGGCAGACUUGGUGUGUCAACAGAUUCGGUUCGCUGGUAUGAACGUGCAGGUGGAUGAGUUACGGUGUAAAUUAAGUUAUUUAUUGUAGAACCAACCAAUUUACGUCUGAUUACAAAACAAUAGGAAGAAAGUUUAGUUUUUGAUUUCGAACAAAAAAACGUUGCUACACGUACAAAUUUAACACGGAUUAAUAGAAUUCUUGAGCCGAUAGGCUAUUUUUUCGCGAGUGUAUUAUUAGUGUUGUAAGCAAAUCUCGCGAGCGGUGAAAGUUUCAGUUCUUUUCCUCCAUGGCAGUCAUACUUAUGGCGUAAAUCUAUUGCUCCAGAAGGCCGCCUUGCAGAUACAUAUUUUUCAAUGAUAGAGUCAAUCAAGCUAGCAUCAGUUCGAACCUCACUAAUUGUACUACCACGCGUAGUAGGCAAGGUUUUAUUUUGGUCGGUUGAAGAAUGAAACGUUCUAGAAAAUCGAUAGCGGCAGACACGCAUACCAACCACCACUACACAUGCACACUGUUGCUGUUGUGUUCGGGGUGUUGCCCGACCGAAAGCUCCAUUCUUCAGCCUGAGUAAAACUUGCCUCCAGCAGUGGUACUGUUACUGUGUGUGUGAGUGCGAUGCCGUUAAAAGGACCCCCCAUUCGAAGUGUACUAGGCUUUGGUACGUCUGACCUUUGCGUGUGAAUGGUGUGAUCCAAUCCAAUGUCCCUCGAAUAUAGAAAAAACAAGAAAAAAAAGAUGAUGCAAUAAUUGAUCGCGUUCGAUAAUCCACGAUUGUUUGAUGAGUAAUGAAAUAGUGACGUAUUCGAAUGACGAAGAUUUCCAAAAGAUCAUCUAAAUUUUGUGGAGAAAAAUGGAAAUCUUUUUCUCCGGUUAGGAAAAACCUAUAAAAUCCAAGCAAGCGCCAAUGCCAUGCAGUAAUAUUGUUUCUCGCACGCAUUCACAAAACAAAACCGCGCAAAACAUUCAAAAUGGCCGCCGUUUAUUUACGUUUAUAAUAGGUACAAGGUACGCGCUAGGCAAGGCAGAGAGAAAUGAAAACAUGUCGAUUGCGCGCACCUUAGACGAAGGCAAGCAAACUUUCGCUUCGGAGACUGCGAGCGGUUAGUAGGACGAACUAUAAACACUAAAAAUCAAAUGGAACUGAGCUGGGGCCGUGGCAAGGAAAUUAUUCAUCCGAUGUUUAUUCAUCCGCCACAAUAUUUUGUUCCGAGGAAUUCUCAUUUGUUUUGUGAAUUGCUUCUUCCCACCGCACAUUUCCAAGCGGCAAAGGACAGAAGGUCACCUUCUGGAAUCUUACGCCAGUGUGGUUGAUGUUAAAUUUGAAGCUUGGUUUUCUUGAUAAUAUAGGUAGAUUAAGGAAUAACAUUUUAGGCGUAGCAUUUCCUCACUGGUUAGGUAAUAACAUUCUCGGUUGUCCGCCGAGGACCGAAUAUUUGGUUGCAAAUUUGAUGAAUAGAUUUGUUUCUUUUUUAUUCGACGGAUUCGGUGAUUUAUUUCUUUUCUCGUUUCAUUUUAUUUACCUGACAAUGUUAUUCACUAGAUACGAUUAGGAACACACUCACAAGCAAAUGGUAGAAGGUAACACAAACGAAUAUAGUUUUUUACGACCUUCAGUUAGUGGCUGUGCUUUCUCCGCUUUCAAAAGACUGAUAAUAAGCUUAUAGAUGCCCUGUUUACUGACAUUCGUGGAAAAAGUUUUCAAACCGAAAGUUAACAACCUACUCCAUGGGUUCUCUUUUGUUGGAAAAUCUUUUCCACGGACAGAAAACGAUAAUAGUUGAGUUACUAGGAGGAAAAAAAGGAAGCCAAGCUAAAAAUGUUUAAAAAUAUUUUCUUUCUCACAAAACAAAAGGAAGGAAUCGAAGUUGUUUUUGUCAACGGAGGAAAAUCAUUGAUUUUAUGCCACUCACAGACAAACCAAACGCAUCGAAAUGUGUGCUUGUAAAUUCGCACGUGUGGUUUAGGUAGGUUUCUAACGAAAUAUUACAAUUUUGAAAUUUUCUCUACCCGUGUAUUGAAAGUUUUAACCUAGCUCUUUUUACGUCGCACCCUCGAAAUCCAACACACUAAACUUCUCCCUCUAGAGACCUAUCCAACGAUCAGACUGUUUAGGAAUUUAACUUGUUAGAUGAAACCAAAAGGCGUGUGUAUCUCAAAAUUAUUUCAUAUGCAUAUUACCAAACUAAACUUUCGUAACCCUUUUGUACGUUUUGUAGUCCCCAACAAACGCAUAUAGUAUACUAGCCAGAAUCGAUUUAGUUUCCUGUUUAAUCUUGUGUUGGCUCCUGUUUUUUGUAUUGUUCUUCUUCCGCUAUUUUUUUCUUAUUGUAGAGGAAAUAAAGCACAGAGGAAAAGGCAAAUAUAUUAAAACUAAACAAAUUAAAAGCAAUCCGUUUUAGGAUUUUUCAAUUGAAGACGAGAAAAAAAAUAGAAAGAAAUAUUUUUCUGUCCACAAAGUAAAUAAGCCGACAAAAAAAUCCAAAGUAUCAGUUUCCAGCUGAUGGUUUCGUUGAAACAAGAAUGAACUGAUUUAUGUUUUCUUUUUCUGUGGAAAAGCAACAAAUACUCUUUAACAUACAGUUCCGAUUUGCACCCAACAUCCAUACUGUCCUCGAAAAUAGUUCUUGAUUACUAAAAUAAAAAAAAAUAAAAGCAGUGCUUACGCUUAUCCUAAUCAUGUAUCGAUUGUUUUGCAUGAACUUUUUUUCCCGAUGUAAAAAUAUGUCACCCUAGCGCAGUAGAACAUACUGAACAUGUGAAUGAUAAAAGUUAAAAUGCUUAAAAUGAAUGAUUUAGAAUAGAUCUUUUAGUCUCGGUGUGUAGUUGUAAAUGAAUUAAUAAAAGAUUACAGAAGUAAUUGAAAAAAACACGAAAAGCCAUUUUGCAGUUUUCAAACUUGAAUAAAAAAAGCAAAUCUAUAUGUGGAAUCCAAAAAGAAGAACUAACACAACUCAAAUUCCGUUCCGUCAAAAAAUAUAUGCAACACACACAAAUUUUACCGUGUCAGAUCUUCGCAACUAUGUAUACAGAAAAGCAUAAGAGAAAAAUAAACAAAAAAAGAACCGUUAAUACCUAGAGCUGCAGCAAGCGAAACACACGUGUAUAGUUCAACCGUUGGUCUCUUUCUAUUAAAAAAAAACAA